ACCUGACAGCAAGAAGUCCCAGGAAUACUUAUGGCUGCCCAAAAAGUCAUUGCACUACUAGCCACUCUUCUCCAUCUUAGCUUGAGUCAGAGUCCACCGGAAGUGCUACCAGUGUUCCUUGCGCCCUUGGAGAAUCACACGGUUACACAAGGACGGGAUGUCUUCUUCACUUGUGUUGUUAAUCAUCUGCAAGGGUACAAGGUUGCUUGGAUAAAGUCGGAUUCCCGGGCAAUUCUCGCAAUUCACACGCACAUGGUGACACACAAUCCUCGAUUGUCGGUUACUCACAAUGGCCACAACACGUGGAAGCUCCAUAUCUCGAAUGUACAGAAUAAUGACUCUGGUACUUAUAUGUGUCAGGUCAAUACAGAUCCGAUGCGAAGUCAGAUGGGACACAUGACGGUCCAGAUUCCACCCGACAUAAUGGACGAUGAUUCGACAGACGGUAUGGUGACCCGAGAGCGUGGAAAUAUAAAACUCCGUUGUAUAGCAACAGGAAUUCCCAAACCGACGGUCACAUGGAGGCGAGAGGACGGCCGAAACAUAACUCUCCGAGAGGAAGGCCCGGUAAAAAGCUACGAUGGAGAAACCCUCAACUUGACUGGUGUUAUACGCCAGGAAAUGGGCAUAUACUUAUGUAUCGCCAGUAAUGGAGUACCACCAACCGUUAGCAAACGUUACUCCGUACAAGUGCACUUUGCCCCAAUGAUAAAGGUGACGAAUCAGCUGGUGGGAGCACCGGUUAAUAGAAACGUGACGCUCCAGUGCUCCGUUGAGGCAUCGCCACGUGCCAUGAAUACUUGGUUAAGGGAUAAAGGUGAAAAAUUACUGCCAAGUGGAAAAUACACGAUGACAGAAUUCCAGCAGAACGAGUACUCCUGGCAGAUGAAUCUGACUGUGCAUAAUUUAGAAAAAAAUGACUUUGGCGGGUACUCAUGUGGAGCCGUGAAUGCCGUUGGGAAAGCAGAGGCCAGCGUACGUUUGCAAGAAUUGGAGCUAGUGACGGAGACAACACCAGGACCAGUGUCUCGUCAUACCGAUGGAAAAAUGCGUAAGAAGCUGAACGGAAAGAAGAAGUUACACAGAAGGCCGUACGAUCACCAGGAAGAGACGGAUAAUUACCUGAGUGGAAUUGAGGAUUUGGGUACGACUCAAGUGAUGGGUGGUAGCACCCAGGAAGGUCACAGGACCGAAAGGCCAUUCUCAUUCAGUGAGAGACCUUGGGUAACCAUGGUAUCAUCCACACAGAGACUUUAUCCAUCAUUUCACGGAAUUUUUCUUCUGCUAUUUGCCUCGCUGUACUCUUAUCUAAUUACUAUUUAAAUUAAUCAUCUGCCAAAAUAAUGUAUAUAUGAGGGAAUCUAGUACCAGUGCUGGGUAAAAUAGAAUUCCAAUGACCCAAUUAAUUUAUUUAUUAAUUCAUUGAUUGAUAUAUCCGUGUCAACGAUCUGAAUAAUUUUAAACACUUAGACAACUAUUUCAUUUCAUGUUCGUCAAACGAGUCAAACAAAUUUACUACGGAAUAUGUUGGGAAAUAUUUAGACAUGUGACCGCGCAGAAUGAACUCAAAAUAUUUCACAUAUUUCGCCAUGACGAUUAGUUCUCCGUGAGAUAUUACCCAGCUCUCAUACGCAGCCAGUUGAAAUUAAUUUAACGACUAUCGUAAUUGAAGUGGGCGUGUAAUGAUACGAAAUAUAUGCGGGUAAAACUCUGCGGACCCAUAUUUGUUCGAUUAAUCGAGCAUUUAACGGUGAAUUAUCCGAGAAUUUCUGGCUUUGCAAUUUUUUCAUCAAUUACCCAUUGAUCAAUAGCCAGUGGAUUACAACUGGAAUUAAUUGAUCGCCAUUUCCAUGGGGUUCGGAGGGAGUAUUACCGAUAAUUAUCGUGAUUUUAAGAAUUCCACAAAUUGUCUUCCCAUUUUUUAUGUUUUUUUUUCAAUGGCCAGAGCCAUUAGUUGGAUUAAUGACCAAUAUCGUGACGUCGAGGGAUUAACGGUGCAGGGGUGUACAUAAUCUCGCUAUUGCAAAUGAAUUAUUAAGUAGUGGUAUUCGAUUAUAGUCCGACUAGAGGGUAAUGAGUUGCGUUGGGCUCGAGGGGAAUAUUUUUCAAUAACUUUUUAUUUGGGAAAUGGGGAGAAUUGGUGGAGGCUUGAGGAAUUUGACUUCAUAAAAAAAACUAGUUGAUUUUGUCCUUUUUUUAUAAAAUAUUGAAUGUUCUGUGAGCGCAAAACAGAUUUCUUAAUCCCAGAAAAUAUCCCUUUAUCACAGCAAGUCGUUUCAUCUUCACAUUUUUCAAUGAGAAGGUAAUUACUAAUGAUGAAGAAUGAUGAUGAAUAAGAAGUAAAUAAAUCGUCAGUUUUAUUUUAAAUAUCUCCUUGAUGAAAAUUUUCUUAAGCUUUCAUCUCUCACUUCGGAGUUCCAUAACGCAAAUCAAUAAAGACUUCGAAUCGUUUCGAUUUUCAUCUCGAAUUAGGACCACAAGUAAUUCACUAAUCAGACGUAAUAAUGAGAGUUGAGGAAGCGAGACAAUAAAUAAUGUAACGUCGAGAGUUAAUAUUAAAAGCGUUUGAUUAGGUUUUAAUUACGCAGUUUAAAUCGAGUUGGAAGAUUAAUUCAGUUGUGAAGUGGAAUAAGGGAAAUCGAUUCAAUUUGAACAUUUUCUUUCCAAGAAUUGAUAGUUUCAAAUAUUUAUUUCAAGUUAAUUCUCUGCUGCCGAGUCGGAGUGGAGUUUACCUGAAUCCACUUCAUCACGGAAUUUCACGUUCUCAGUAAUCAUAAAGGUAAUGUAAAGUUGAAUAGACGAUUUAGAAAAAAUGUUAUUGAACUCGUAAUGUAUGUUGUUAUAUUGAAAUUUUUUAUGAUUAAAUUUUCUACUGAGAAAAUCCCAUUCAGGGGAGAAGUUGUGGAACCUAAUGAAAUAUUCCUUUCGCUAUUUAAGAAAAUGUAGAUGAUUAAAUUUUGUUGCUGUUUUACAACUUCACUCUUGAAUAAGUCAGUGGGACAGUGGUAAAAGGCGAUAAGUGGCAUUUCAUAUUCGUCUUAAUUAAUAAUUAUCAGCAGAAAUUCUCGAUGAGAGAUCGGAAUAUUUUCUUAAUGAAUUUUCCGAUCAAAAAAGCUGUUGGGACUAGAAUGAAUGAGUUUCAGAUUAUUUGAUAUGUAAUAUAAUUAUAAAAAUAAAGUUAUCUCAAAUUUUUGAAAAUUUUAAUGUGGACAAUUCAGAGGUAUUCCAAGAUUUUCAGGAAAAAUGGAAAUACUUUGAAAUUUAGAGGUAUUUUCUAUUCUUAUGUAAUGAUAUGUAAUGAAACUAUUAAAUUGAACUUGUCUCGUUUAACCACUCGACCACUAAAACUAUUAAUUCCACGAAUGAAACGAUUUCGACUGAUUUUCGUAAAUAGUUUAAUUUCGAGUUGAUUGUUCACUGGAGAAAGAAAAAUAUGAAUGAUGACAUACACGGCAACGACACAUAUGAAUUGCAUAGGACCACGUUUACUGUGUAAAUACUAUUAGAAUAUACAGUCUAUAAACUACUGUACAUAAAUAAAAAAAAUACGACGAGCGAGGGGGAGUAUGUAAUCAUUAAAAUGCCGAAAGAGUGUUAGAUUUUAUAUGUGGAGUGGAAGAAAAUAAUUCUAUGUGCAAUGCAAAAAAAAAAAAUCAAACAAGCAACGAAAAGUCGCGAACAAAAUCUGAUGAAAAUGUUCACGCGCUUUUAUUUAAUCAAAAAAUAUUUCUCAAUGGUAAACGGAUUGAAUACAUAUCCAAGGAGAAUCAUGAGUCGAAACGAUAUAUGCAUUCGAUAUUUUAUUUAUCUUUUGGCUGGUAGAUUCAUAAGUGCUUCAUACUUGGGGAUAAUUUUACCCCCAAAAGGGGGUUAUAUGCGAGCUUUAAUCAUUUAAUCUCUCAUUAAUACAGAAAUCAAUGUCGAGGAAGCUCUGAAAAUUCAGAAAAGUCAAUGAAUAAAUGCUGUCUGUGUCCCAGUUAUCACCACUUUUAACUUUCCGCGGUCUCUCUAAAGUUUUACAAUAUUUUUUGUUUUUUACUAUUUUUAUGGUAUUUUACAUCAUUCCAUCGGAACGUAAAUUUUUCCAAGUUUCCGCUAAUUUUCCUCUGUCAAUUGGUAGAUAAAAUUAAUCGAUAUCGUCGACGAUUAAAUGAAUCCAAAUGCACAUUUUUUUUACUUUUCAGUGAAUUUUAUAUUGUUAUUAAUUAAAAAUAGGGAGAGUGGCAUUAACUGGAACAGUGACAGUAGAGUAAAAGCCACGUUUAUAAAUUGGGGAGAUGAUUAUUGCAAUUUAGUCUCAAAUAUUUCGUCAACGAAAGGUACGAAUCGAGCUAGUGAGGUCUCAUUUGUAAGAACGAAACAUGAUCUUCAUAAUGAAAUAACAAUCACCAAGAUUGACUGCGUCAAUCUCGAGACAUUGACAGUUAGAAAUAAUUCAUUUUCACUCAUUCGCCAACUCCUCCAAUCAACGAACAGUCUCCGCGAAAUAUCUUCGAACCUUAUCGAAACAGCGUAAACUUCAAACGAAACUUUUUGCAGAAAAUGUGUAAACCUACAACAAAGUCCCCACAAAAAUUCACGUACCUCUCACCACUCCCACGAUAUCAAUGAAAACUUAAAAUCUUAAGUAAAAAAAAUGAAGACGUGCUUUUACUUUAAUGAAUGCACUCUCGGUUGAUAAAAUACCACAAAAUAACACCAUUUAUCUUUUAUAAAUUGACAAGAAAGAGAAAACAAAUGUAAAUAAUUUGCCUUGAAAACAAAGUGGGAGAAAAAUGUCAAAAAAAUAUAUUCAACUUCAUUAAGAAUGUAAAAAUAAUGGGGCGUACGACGUAU